AAUGCAAACAAACGUCCAUCAACAAUCGAAGUUUAUCGAUCGACCUGUUCACUCUGCCUCUAUUUUCGAAUCGAAAGGUGGCAAUUACCUUUCCAUCACCGUUACUUGCAUGGGAUGAAAGACGAAAAAUUGACGCGUCAAAGCGACACCUGUUAUUAUUAUUAUUAUGAGAAAGUCUCGUAGCGGAGACACGCGUUUUAAUAGAAGAUCGAGGUUGAGGGUCAGCAUGCAGGUUGAACCGGACGUGUCGGUGAACUUGGCAGCCUUUUUCUUAAAGAACAUCGGUCUGUGGAUAUCGGACGAUCCUGCGUACGAACGUCGAAGAAAAGUGAUACUUGUUUACACGAUCUGGUGCAUUAUGCUUAGCUCGGUUGUAAUUGGCAGAGACGUGUAUUUCACGUGGUUUUACGAUGGAGACAUUCUCUACGUUGUCACCAAUGCUUUAAGCAUGAUGAUGAUAACGGUGAAGAUAUGCAUGAUAGUAAUACGCAAAGAGGAAUUUAUCAAUCUGAUCGUGUACAUGCAAGAAAAUUUCUGGAACGACAACUACUAUGACUUUCGCGAGAAGGAAAUUUUUGAAAAUUGCAAAAGAACUUGCGCUUUCUUCGUCUCCUUGGUCACAACGAUUGGCAUAUGUGCUAUACUGUCCUACCUGGCCACACCGCUCAUUGUGCAAACUGUGAGCAAUAAUUCCGAAAGAAUGCUUCCAUUUAACAUGUGGUUAAAAUUACCACUAUCGGAAUCGCCUUACUACGAAAUAAUGUUCGUUUACCAGAUAAUGACCUUCUACUUCAUCGGAAUAUCGUAUUUUUGCUUCGAUAAUAUUUUCUGCAUUAUGACCGUACACCUGGCUGGCCAGUUCCAAAUACUUCGAUACAGAUUCGCGAAAUUGUGCAACGUGGAGGAUCAAAUAUCCGAGAAAGACACGGGAUCAACGCUGUUCGUGCAAGCGCAGAGAUUUUACGAGAGAUUUAAAGCGUACGUUCGAUACCAUCAGACGUUGAUCGAUUAUUGCGAGAAAAUUGAGAACGUGUACACGAUGAUUAUACUUGGACAAGUGUUGGUGUUUAGCGUGUUGAUCUGCCUCUUUGGUUAUCAAAUAUUAUUGGCUAACGCUCCUUCCGCGAGACGUGCCAUUUUCAUCUUUCUUCUGAUCGGGGCCAUGUCUCUGCUGUUCAUGUUCACGUUCAGCUGCAACGGCGUGAUAGAGCACAGUGAUAACGUCGCUGUAGGAGCAUACGCAAUGAUGUGGACGAUUAUGCCAAUGAACAAAUUUGGGAGAAUGCUUCGAAAAGAUCUGAUAAUGGUGAUGGAGCGUUCGAGACGCGUUUGCUGUCUGACCGCGAAUGGAUUUUUCCCCGUGUCUUUGGAAACGUACACUACGAUUUUGAGUACCGCGGUAUCAUAUUUCACGCUAUUAAGAAACAACGUGGAGAAGGCAAACGAGGCAUAUUUGUAAAUUUUUUUGUUGUAUCGACUAUAAGGUAUUAGAGAAAAAGUAUCAGUAG